AUGUCUUGCUUCGGCGCCGCCAUGCCAACGACGACGGGCGGCACCUACCACUACUCGUCCUCGUCGUCGGGGCGGCCGGGCGGCGGCAGGAGGCCGUGGCGCGCCAAGUGCGUCGGCAUCGCGGCGGCCGUCGGGUCCAGGCUCCGGAGGUCGGUCAUCGGGGGCGUCGACGUUCGCCGACGUUGGCGCACGGCGUCCUCCGUGCACUACUCGCAGAGCGGGUGGUGCCACCACCACCACCACCAACGGAGCUUCGCGCCGGUCUACGUCGACGACCUCUACAGCCACCACCAGCUGCAGCAGCCAGCGGCCAAGGCCCUCCGCGGCGUCGUGCAGCAGGAUGAGCCGAGCACCAGCGCCCGCGACAAGCUGGCGACGCCGGCGGCUGCAGCACCCGCGCACGCCGCCGCUGCCAGUGCCGCGGGCAGCAAGGCCACCACUGCCAGCGCUGGCAAGCAGCAGCAGGCGCGCGCCAUGGCGGCGGGCGUCGGCGCGAUGAGGAACGUGUUGCUGCGGAGCCCCGGAAGAGGCGGCAGCGGAGGCGUGCUCGGGGUGGUGAAGGGGAUGGGGGAGGUGGACCUCAGGGCCGAGCUCUUCAUCCGCAAGUUCAGGGAGGACAUGCGGCUGCAGAGCCAGCGCUCGGCGGAGGAGUUCCAGGCCAUGCUCGCAAGAGGCCUAUGA